UGAAUAGUCUGGUAAUACUUGGGCAUAGACGUCAAAAACGCGCUAAUUUAAAACUCGGUGGCUUGCAAAUAGUUUUACGCAUCAUGGAGGACUUCGAGAAAAUUGAAAAGAUUGGCGAGGGGACAUAUGGAGUGGUGUAUAAGGGCCGCAACCGCCUAACAGGCCAAAUAGUGGCGAUGAAGAAAAUUCGCUUGGAGUCGGACGACGAAGGCGUUCCAUCGACCGCGAUCAGAGAAAUUUCGUUGCUCAAGGAGCUGAAGCACGAAAACAUUGUGUGUUUGGAAGAUGUCUUAAUGGAGGAGAAUCGCAUAUACUUGAUCUUCGAAUUCCUUUCGAUGGACCUGAAGAAAUACAUGGACUCGUUGCCAGCUGAUAAGCAUAUGGAGAGUGAAUUGGUUCGGAGCUAUUUGUACCAAAUAACCAGCGCCAUUCUCUUUUGCCACCGUCGUCGUGUUCUUCACCGGGAUCUGAAGCCCCAAAACUUGCUGAUCGACAAGAAUGGCCUUAUCAAAGUGGCAGACUUUGGUCUUGGCCGGUCCUUCGGCAUUCCAGUGCGCAUUUAUACACACGAGAUCGUGACUCUGUGGUACAGGGCCCCGGAGGUGUUACUGGGCUCACCCCGGUACUCCUGUCCCGUCGAUAUCUGGUCCAUUGGCUGUAUAUUUGCCGAAAUGGCAACGAGAAAGCCGCUGUUUCAGGGCGACUCUGAAAUCGACCAGUUAUUCAGAAUGUUCAGAAUCCUUAAAACGCCGACCGAAGACAUUUGGCCAGGGGUCACUUCGCUGCCUGACUACAAGAACACGUUUCCCUGCUGGUCCACCAACCAAUUGACCAAUCAGUUGAAGAAUCUCGACGCCAACGGCGUAAAUCUCAUUCAAAGUAUGUUAAUCUAUGACCCGGUUCAUCGCAUUUCCGCCAAGGACAUUUUGGAGCACCCCUAUUUCCAUGGCUUUCAAUCGGGCUUAGUUCGAAAUUAACGUUCAGUACUCUGGUUUGAUUUUAACUACAAUUUAUGAACAAGAAAACUUGGAAUCUAAACUAAAGCAUAAUAGCCGUAAAAUAAACGUAAGGGAGUAAAACAA